AUGACGUCACCUAACACGGAUGAUUUAGAAAGUCUCGAUGAUUUGGACGUUGAUAUAGACAUCGAAGAAGAUGAUGACGAUAUUUCCAUUCAAGGUUCGGAUAAAGUUGAUGGUGAAAAUCCCCAGGAUCCCGAAGAUCCGAAAAGUAAAUCAGGUGCCGGGACAAGACGUCUGCUGAGAACACCAAAAUGUGCUCGAUGUCGGAACCAUGGAGUUGUUUCGUGUUUGAAGGGACAUAAAAGGUUCUGUAGGUGGCGUGAUUGUCAAUGUUCUAAUUGCUUGCUGGUUGUUGAACGUCAACGGAUCAUGGCGGCACAAGUGUCUUUACGAAGACACCAAGCCUCGGAUAUGACAGGGGCUCUUAAAGCUAAGGUUAAAAAUGCCAGUAAUUUAUUACAACAGAGGAAAUUAUUACAAAGAAAUCUCCGUAGUUUACAACAGCAUUCUUUAUCUAGAGAAAUAUUAGCAGGCUACAGAACCAGACUUCACGCAUUGCCCCCUCCAGAAGCUUUACGUAAUAUGGUACCGUUUGUCAAUGAACGCAUGAGAAAACGGCGGUGUUUCGCCGACAAGGAACUUGAGAUGGUUAUGCUAGAACGAGAGAGGCAAGCCGAAAUUGUUAAAACGCGAGCCAACGGGGAACAAAUUUCAAAUGCCACGAACUUAGAUGCAAACAAAUCACGGUUGUUGUUAGGCAACAUGACGCCACGAGAGUUUCUACAAAGAAUUUUUCCCACCCAUAACCCUAAUGUUUUGGAACUUGUCUGGCAGGGCUGUGGAGGAAAUCUCGAGAAAGCCAUUGAGCAACUCGCCUCGAGCAUGAAACAUGAACAGUCAUCAGCUACUCCGCAGCAAAUAUGCCAACCAGCUUUAUUGAGUAAAUACAUGAGCUCGUUUCCAUUUACUGUACCCGUGUUAGGACUCAAAGGACCUCAAAAUAUUUUAGGCAAUCCGACCUCUUUUAAUGGUUUUUGUGGUGUGAAUAUUCCUCCUUGGGGACUCCCCAUCAACAUGAACAGUGUUUUACCAGGCUGUGCUCCGAUGAUUCCCGAUAAUUCACCCCAGUCGUUUAAACGAUUCCAGCCU